CGAGGGAUUUGACUAACAAAAUUUCAAACAGAAGUACAGUUUCAGAGAUAUUGACAAAAAACGUCAAAAGCCGUGCAAAUCCGAAAUUUUCCGUCACAAGUUUCGCGCGGCGCGCCUUAUCUUUUGUUUCUUUCUAAUUUCCUGGCUAUAAGCCCCCUCUCAAGUAUUUACAUACCUAUAAGUAUGUUGGUAAGACUAAAUACCUACUGUUUUUAAUUUUACAUGUAGAAAUCACAACUAAUCCUCCCAUCCUUCCGCAAACGCUUCGGCUGUGGAAUGAGCUCCCUGCCGACGGUUUCCCGAGGUUACAGUAUGGGGUUCUUCAAGAAAGAAGUGUACAGGUUUUUAAAGGAUCCGCAACGCGCACGUAAUAUCUCUGGUGUUGUAGGCGUCCAUAGGCGACGGUGACCGCUUACCAUCAGGCGGGCCGCAUGCUUCUUUGCCACCGACGUGGUAUAUAAAAAAAAUCCGACACUCCGUAAUCCCAUAAUUAUUAUUUUUACUUAUUUUAGUACCGACUUCAUUAUUACUUUUGUUAUUAAAUACAAAUGGCUGAAAGAUAUAGAUCUAAUAUAUGAUCGGAAUUUGGAAAGCAUCCUUUUUAGGACGUGUUUCCGCCUUUAGGUACUCCCAUGGUUCCACAAUGUCUGGCAACUACCAACUUGACAGUUCAAGCUGGUAUGUUUUCACAAGUCCAUAACGUCUAAGCUUUAAAGGUCAAAAUUGAAAUAACCGAAUAUUCACAAUGCGCACAAAUUAGGCACCCCGUAGUGACUGUUGAAAGUUGCGUGACGAUAAUUUUUAUAAGGCUCGGGUUUGAUAUACAAUACGUAGUUUCUACGCAACUAUAUAGAUCCCUUCGUAGGUUAGAAGGAAAUGAAAAACGCCACGUUCGCAAAUUAGACGGUUCUGCUGCGUUGACCUUGGGCUUGGAAAUAUCAGGGCGAUGACUCAAAGGUGACGUCACUACAGUAUAUUAUUGAGUUAGACAUUUUAUGUCCAAUAGUAAAUAUUGAAAAACAAAAAGAAAAUAUUGUGUAUCAAAUAUCCAUUAAUCCACAGAACAGUAUCGGAUUUACGAAUAGGACAAUGAAAAAAUCCGACUGUCAUUUGUUUUGCUUUGCAAACGAUUUUUAAUAAUGCUAAGUACCUACCAAUGAAUGCUGACCUUUGCUAAUAUGUCAAGCAGGGUUGAGCGCCCACAUACAUAUAACUGUAGAAAACCGUUAGGCACUAAUAUUUUCGGCACAUUUCAGCUUACGUCAUGAUUGGCUUAGUGAUUAUAGAUACCCCAUGUUUACUUCGGUGUUCUUUCUUCAGUCAGUGCUAGUCUGAGCGUUGCGGCGCGCGCGUCCGACUCCCGCACACUCUAACCAUGUGCUUCUGUGAUCUCCGCAAUGAGAACCCUGGCGAAACUACUCAUCUUAGCAUCGUUCCUUUUCGUUAUACUGUUCCUUUAUUUGACCUUGCAAGAAUGGAAUCAUUCAGAACAACAUAUAGACAAAAUCUUCCAAAUAGAACAAAAUUCUACAACACUCGCUGAAAAACAUGGAAAAAGUGAAAUGAGAAUGAAAUAUAUUUUACAGUGGACUAAUCCGAAAAACGUGCCAUUUGUGUAUAUGGGUGUGGGCCAGCAAACGUUUAUCGAGCGAAAGUGCCAGUUUACUAACUGCUACGUCACUAGCGAUAGGAAUUUCCUGGGGGACGUUUCCAAGUUCGACGUCAUUGCGUUUUCGGGAACCGAAAUUAUUGCUUGGCCUUUGGACCAAAUAAGACCUAAAAAGCGAUCGCCGCAUCAGAAAUAUGCUUUUACUAACAUAGAAUCAGCUGACAACUAUCCGUUCUGCUCUCACUUGUUGGAUAACUUUUUUAACUGGACGUGGACCUACAAGUUGGACUCGGAAUCUAAAUGGGGAUACAUAAUAGUAAGAGAUGCUAAUAAUAAUAUUAUAGGUCCGAGGAAAAAUAUGCAUUGGAUGAGGUUAAAAGACAUGGACCCUGUGAGUGAAGAUUUAAGUGUGCAGUUGAAAAACAAAUCGAGGGCAGCAGCGUGGUUUGUGUCCAACUGCAACACGCGAAGUGGUCGAGAGAAGUACGUAGAAGAUUUGCAAAAGGAGCUACAGCUAUACAAUUUAUCGAUAGACGUCUACGGAAAAUGCGGACCCUAUAAAUGUAGUCGAGACGACGAAGAAGCGUGUUUUCAAAAAAUAAAAACAGAUUAUUAUUUUUAUCUCUCAUUCGAGAACUCACACAGUGAAGACUAUGUGACUGAAAAACUUUUAUCUGCUUUGAAAUACAAUGCAAUACCUAUUGUCUAUGGAGGUGCAAAUUAUACUAGAUUCAUGCCAGAUGGAAUUUAUUUGAAUGCACGAGAGUUAGGACCUAAUGCUUUGGCAAAGAAAAUGAAAUUUCUAAUAGAUAAUCCCAACCACUAUAAAGAAUAUUUCCGAUGGAAAAACCAUUAUUCUUACUAUAGAAGAAACGACAACGCAGAGACCGAUGACUACUGCGGUUUCUGCAGUCUCCUCAACAACGAAGAGAUGGUGAAAAAGACGUCCAUAUAUAAGAACUUUAAGGAGUGGUGGAAUGACCCACAUAGUCGAUGUUUGUGAUGCACUGAGUAUUGUAAUUAUUUUGUGAGUCUAUUCUAUAUAUGUGAUAUUUUCAAUUAACCAAUCACAUUGUCGGUUAAUUUCUAAGGACGGGUCUUACGUGAACUAAGAAUGGUGAUAGUUCAGUGGUGUCACUCACGAAUUCUAGCCAAUCGUGCAGUAUAACGCAACUAGUUGCGACCAACUGCGCGUGUGAUGCGAACUUAUCAACCCAUCGCGUUAUGGCGUUAGUCUGCACGAUUGGCUCGAAUUCGUGUGCGUGACACAGCUGUACUGGCCCCAUUCUUAUUGCCCGUAAGGCCCGUCCUUAGUUCAAUGGUUGACUACAAAUUAAAGGUGCGUCUUAGCACCACUUGCACUAUUCCACUAAACCUGGAGUUACCUGUCGGCUACCUGUACAAUUUGAUACUGGGUUAACGGUUAAACCUGUAGUUACCUGUCGGCUACCUGUACAAUUUGACACUGGGUUAACGGUUUAACCGGUUACUUCCGGGUUAGUGUGAUGGUGCAAGUGGCCCUUAUUGACAACCGACUAUAAGUACCUAGGUACUUUUUUUGGUUAAAAAUGGCACAUAUUUUAUUAUUAUAUUUUUAAAUUAAGAAUUAUGAAAUUAUGAAUUAUCUGUCAUAUGUAAAACUUUAUUUACGGCUGUUGUUGCCCUAAAUAUCAAUAAAUAAAGCUUAAGUCUGUGCCUAGUUGCCUAGCUGUGAAAUGUGUGCCUCAAACAACUCAAUAGCUAUUAGUAUAAAUACUCGUAAUACUAAAGUAGAAUUAAUAUAUAUUAUUAUGCCAUAAAAUAUGAAAGCCAAAGAAAAUAAAUUGUGUGAAUGUCCACGUGAAACUGUCAGCAUCGCGAUUUAGAAUUUAGAAUUGUACAUAUACAGGAUGAAAUUUUUAUGUUUGACCAUGCGCUGAGGGGUGGAUGUGUAGGUCAUACUGCACAACGAAGAAAAAUCUGCCGUCUCAAGCAUUUUGAAUCACAUGUCAAUGUUUUCUGUGGACAGCUGAGUUUAUUUCGCGAUUCCGGUGUUGGUCCAUACUAAAAAUUGUUCAGUAAGUAUGCCCCACAUAUUCACCCCUCAGCGUAUGGUCAAACAUAAUUUUUUUUUUCUACCUGAAUAAUUCCAAUCAAUCAUAGUUUCAUUCCAUUUGUUUCUUUUUACUUGUAAUAUGCGAGAUGAACUACGAGUGUAAAGAUAUACAACGGAUUUUGUUUUUCGUGUUUAUGUUUGCUUUAGCCUGGAGCCCGCAUAUUAUUCUAAUUUUUGGAACGUAGUUCCUUAUUGCACGGUACGGACUUGACGGAUUAGGGCUAGGCGAAAAAAAAUUUAAGAGUUUUCCGUCACGACCCAUUCUUAACUUCGUUCCAACCGAGUGUUCCUUGAACAUGACGAGAUUCCGUCACAACCCUUUCUUAACCCUUUCUUAACCUUUUUCGACUCUACGACCCUUUCUUAACUUUGUUCCAACAGAGUGUCGUAACACUCACGCAUUUUUUCUUCUAUAAUUAUCAUGGAUUUCAUCUAUCAGCUGUUUACAAUGACUGGUCCAGAAAUGUCACUGUUAAAAUUGUAGGUUUUCCUGUAAGUAAUCAAAAGGUAAAUAAAAAAUAAACUAUUUUCUGUAUCGUUUUGAUAGGCCAAAUAGUUGAAGAGAUAAGGUAGGCGAGAGGGGUGUUUAAUAAAAAUAUAUUAAAAAAAAUAACAAUGAGACUGCUACCUGACAUUUUGUCAAGUCGAAUAAGUCCAAUUUAAAAUUACUAGCUUCUACCUUACUUAGUAUGAUAUGUUUUGAUAUAAACUAUCCUAUCUCCUUCCUCAAGUCCCAAACUUUCUUCAUACCAAAUUUCAUUUAAACUAGUAGGAAUAACGGAAUCAUAAUUCUAGGAAAUUCCCAGUUGGCUGGGGACUUCACAAAUAACAGACAGCAAUUUGGGUUUUAUCAGAACUGACUCAUAUGUUUAUUCUCGGGAAGUCAUGUCGUUAUGCCAUGUUCUGAUCGGAUUUCAUCAGCGGAAAUCGGUUGCUUUUUAUUAAAUUUGUAGUUAUUUGUUACAAUCCGUUACUGAACAUGAUUUGGGGCAUUUAGGCGAAUUUGCGACAACAGACUCACAUAGUUAAGAGAAUCGCAUAAGAACGAGUAGCAAAUAUUGUAUAGGUACCUACUUAAUAAUACAAUAGUUAUUUUAUAGUUUAGGAUUUCUCUUAUUCGGUACACGGCGAGAAGUUGAUAACUCGCGAUAUAAAAUUGAAGAAAUUUGAACUUAAAAUGGAAUUAUAUAAAGUUCAAAUUCCUUCAGUUCUAACUCAUGACUUACCAACUUCUUCCCACGGUGUACAGUAUUGUAGUACUGCGUAGCUAAAGGUGGCAUCUGUGAUUAUUAUUAUUGAUCAAUACAAUUAUAUAUUAACUAUUAGCAUUACCUACAAGGAUUAAGUAAUUUGUUAACAUUUUCGCCUUCAGAAGCGUUUAAAACCGCCGGUAAGGUAAGCGUAGUAGGAAUAUUAAUACAUUACAUUAUAUAUUAUAUAUACAAUUACGAUGCAAGUGAAAAGUGGGAUCCUAGUCGCACAUGUAUCGUACUACGUUUUACAGUACAUAUGGCCCUUCAGUUUUUCGACAUAGUUACGUAAUGUGCUAAUUAUCGCACGCAGUGCGGUAAAGUAGCGCCAUAUGUACUGUAUAUGAAUAUGACACAAUGAAGUAAACAAAGCUUGCUCAACAGCGGUACACAAAACAGGUUAAUAGUGAACCGUGGUUUAUGAGUAAUAACAAUAAAAUAAUUGUUAAAUAAGCGUAGUGUACCCACUACAGUAACCAGAUGCGACUUGGCAAAGGUUCAACUAUUGUCAGAGUUAUGAUUAUGAGAUUAGCUAUUGCAGCUUCUGCCCGCGACUUCGUCUAUCUUAUGUCUCUCCCCGGGCCUCAUACUGUCUCUAUACCAAACUUCAUCUAAAUCGGUUCAGCGGUUUCAGCGUGAACAGGUAACAGACAUAGAGUUACUUUCGAAUUUAUAAUUACACAUUUGUCGUUCACGAGAGAGUGAUUUAAACGAGCGAUAUCAUUUGAUUGAACUCACUCACACUUUAAAUCACUUGAGAUUUCGUUGAGUAAUUCAUCCAUCUCAGUGUUACUUGCUCGCUCUUUCCCACUCAUGUUUCGAAUCGAAUGAGCCGGCCGAGCCAAGCGAGUGAGACGAUGCAAAUAUACGAAACGAUCGUUUCGGAGCGGUUCGGAGGGUGUCGGGAAAACAUGGCGGGAUCGUAUCGCGUGACUGGCCAUCUUGGUUGCACUUAUGGCUUUGGUUGGACUCUACAGAUCUACUGAGCGAAAUGAGUGAUAUAUAUCUAAGCGAGCGAAAGAUAUGAAUCAAUCUUUUCAACUCAGUGAUGCAUUUUGCGUAUCUCUAUUUAUAAUAUUAAUAUUAGCAGGGAUUUAGGUACUUGCAUAACAAGAAGCUAAAAGCAUCAAUCAGCGUUUGAAUUUCAGUGCUGGAUUUACGGGUGAAUAAUGUGGGUUUAUCUUGCGAAAAUGCACUUAUUUUAUCAAGGAAAGACAGAAGAAAACGAAGCCGCAACAUUUCCAGAUUUUAUCUCUAUUUAACGUGCCAUACCUAUUCACCCCGGUUGACUGUAUAUAUACUUACAGUGUGUAAAUUCAAUACGAGCAAAUCUUUAGACAGUGGUUAGCAUAGGACCUUAGAAGUAUAUUGAGAUAACUUUUGCUUAGAAAUACAAUGAAAAUAUUCGGCCCGCAACACGCGUCUUGUAAUGUCAUGUCUCAUAUUGUUAGUACAUUGUUGCUCAGUAAAUAUUCAAAAAUUAAAUACGGAGUCAUAAUUAAGUGUAUCUUACAAUAAAUUAAUAGUUUAAAAAACACUAGAAAAACACGCUUUGGCCUAUAUAUUUCGGCUUCAUCAUCAGACCUUGAAACCUAAUCGUCGUCAAAGUUCAUUACAAGACUUUUCUAACAAAUCCAAACACAGCUAUGAUACGAUGUUCCAUCAUGAAGUUCCAGUUCAUAUCUUCCGGCUCCAUCAUCAGAUCAGUUCGACAGUACUAUAUUAUUGUAUUGUCAUCAGAACUACAGCUGCCAAUUUUCAUGACGUUACGAUCCUUAGAAGAUGGUUAAAAUAGUUACCUUAGAUUCCAUUACAUAGUUACCUAUUUACAUAUAUACAGGUCGACCUAAUAAAAUCGUGUUAAAAAAGUACUUAAUUCAUGAUUCACAUACGCAUGAUAAUACUAUUGUGUGUACAUAUUGUGCCAUCGAGCUAAUCUGUUGACGGAGCCAGAUGCAGAUGAUUAGUGGAACUCUUCGGUUGCUAGGUUGCUACUAAGUAGGUAUAGGCCCCUUCAAAUUGGGCUCGUAUGACUCGUUAUGCCUCUAUACUAUAGCUCCAAUAUGCAAGAGUGGCAGAGAGUAGGUCUUCUGUUUGUAAUAAUAAUAACAGGAGUUGUCAAAAAUGACGCUUCUGGUAGAAGAAAUGUUACUUUUGACCUUGACAUAUCAUAAUCAUAUAAGGUUUGGAAAAUCAAUCUAUUAUUAUAUAUUCAUAACCUGUUCUUACAAUUAGAAUACGCGUCAUGGACGGACUCAGGACGACCCAUGUCGGCGCCAGCCAGACGUUUGACCUCCGCAGGGCUUGGCUGUCUGGCCAAUCGUGUGGAACGCCCUUUGCCAUGACGCAUCUUUUUACUAUCGCUAGGCUGGCUUCCCCAAUGUUUACCAAGCGCCCUGUUAUUUCAAAGUAGUAUAAAACUAUCCAAUGUAAUAUGACCUCCAUAUUCAAAACAAUUAUAAGAAAUUGGAGGGCUAAUUUAAACUGGUUAUAUAAACAUUAAGAGAGGUGGUAAGAAACAGAAUCACACCUCAGUGCGCUAUGCGAAGUUAUUCCAGUCCAUUUUGAAACUUAAUCUUUAAGUCAUAAAGACUGAAAUAGAAGUUGUCAUGAUCUGCCCAUAGGGCAAUCAUUGGUGUGUUGCAGGGCGCUGUUUCCAACGAAGGGUGUGAUGCUCUAAUGCAAUUAGUUCUUUGUCUUUGUUUUCCAGUUUAGUUUUCCUGGUUCUUUUAACAUUUAGGAAUUUUCAACACAACUAUUGCUGAUUCUCAAAUAAUCAAUAUUAUGUUUAGGUAGGUAUAACAUAAUGAGGUUGUGUAGUUUCCUCGACAAAACAAAAUGGAUGAAAGAAUAUGAUAACAUAUAUACGUAAUUAUAAUACUAAAAUCAUAUAUUGGCUUUCUGUUAUUAUGUUAUGAUUACUUGUAUGUUAUUUAAAAGUUGCAAAUAAAAACAUACAGAUAUCUA